GUUAAUAUCUUCAUCUUGGACUUUUUUUUCUUCUUAGUCUCUAACUUCCUGUUAUUUACAUUCAUCGUAAGAUGAAGUGAAAAUAUUAAGCUAUAAUGAGGAAUGUCCUUGAACAAAGUUCAUGUUGAUUAAACUUAAUGUUAAUUUUUGUUACCGAGCGUUUGCAUUUUAUCAAAAAUAUUAUCGUUUUAAACUUUUAAGAAAAAUGUCUUCUUUCUCAGCUGUAGUCAAACCUCCUAACGUGUUGGUUUUUACUGCUGAAAAAAUAUAUAAACACGCGGCCGAAAAUCUUGGAAAAUGUUUAUGUAUUGAUAAAUAUCUGAUCUAUCAUCUUAAGCAAGACCAAGUGCUUACUACACCUUGGAUGGAAAAUGCCGUUCUAUUAGUGGUUAUUUCGGACGAUAUCGAAGAAAAUAUCGUGAAGGAAUUCAUUCAGUUUGUGAAGAAGGGAGGUAAAUUAUUAGCUGUGAGUUCAAACAUUAAAGUUCCAGGCAUUUGCUCUUAUGAAUGCAUAGAAGAAAAAAUUGUUUCUGUUACUUAUAAAGGUUUAGCAAAUGCUGACCUAUAUCGUGGAAAGUACAUGUUCUCAACUGAAAAUGGAUGCGUUCUUGCACAUGACGAUAAAAAUAAACCAGUGAUUUUCGAAGUGAAAUUAAGUGAUGGAACAAUAAUUAUAUCAUCCGUAUAUUUAGGAUUUAAUAUUUCUGCUUCAGGUACAGAGAAGCGAAUAGAAAAUUCUGAAGCCAAUCUUUCAGUCUUAAAAAGUAUAUUAUCUGAAAAGUUGAACUUAGAAGGUCACAUUUCAGACAUACCUGCACCAUCAUGUGGCUAUGUGAUUGUUGAAAAGGACGCACAGAUUGAAGAUAUGAUGAAAUUUAUGUCAAUUUCAGAAAUUUCGUUAGAAAAAUCAAUAAAAUCAUCAGCUGAAAAAGGUCAAUCUUCUGACAUUAAAGUUCCUUUGCUUUUUCAUUAUGAUGAUUUAAAACCUAGCCUCUUUGAUAAAUCAGCAUAUUUUUCUGCUCUAAGAACUAGUUAUUUUGGUAGACCUGUAGUUUUUUUCCCAGUUGUUACAUCAACUAUGUACCCUGCAGAGCAUUUAUCUAAUCACCCAGGCGUAGUCGUUAUAGCCAGUCGUCAAAUAUCCGGAAAAGGAAGAGGCGAAAACAUGUGGAUAAGUCCAGAAGGGGCAGCCGCUUUUACUCUUCAUUUUCCAUUGAUGCUUUCGUCGAAACUCGGCCAAAGAAUGUCGCUUAUGCAACACAUGGCAUCAUUAGCGCUUGUCCAUGGAUUGCGAAAAAAAGAUGGAUACGAAAACUUAGAGUUCCGUCUUAAGUGGCCGAAUGACAUUUUUUAUGAAAAAGACAAGAAGAUUGGCGGUGUUCUUGUCAACACUACCAUACAAGGCGAUGUCGUUCAUACUUACAUUGGGAUCGGACUUAAUGUUGUCAAUGUGCAUCCAUCAGUAUGUGUCAACAGUGUUAUUAAAGAUUUCAAUGUAAAGCAUGGAAAGUCUUUAAAACCGUUAAAAGUUGAAGAAAUAAUUGCUUCCACUUUAAACGAAUUGGAAACUUUGGUGAAUGAUUUUACCGAUUCUGGUAUUGCAAGGUUUUUGGAUUUGUAUUACAAGUACUGGAUUCACCAAGACCAGAGUAUCACCUUAGCCGGUACUAACGUAAAGGCAAUUGUGAAGUCUAUCGAUGAAUAUGGAUUUCUUAUUGUUGAAACUGAAGAUGGCAAAAAGCUGUCUUUGCAACCUGAUGGAAAUCGUUUUGACAUAAUGAAAAAUUUAAUUGUUGCCAAAGAGAUUCAUCUAUAAAAAAUAAAAUUGAAAAUCUUGUAUGAUUUAAAAAAAAAGUUAUUUAAUUACCUGAAAACGGAAGUUAUUACCUGAACUGUUAUUACAAAUUUUUUUUGUAUACAGUAACUGCCGAAGUUCUGUUUAUACAUACAUGACCUUCUAAUUUUAACUUCAUAAUUCAAUUUGUUU